UCCCUCCGGAGCCUGAUCUGCUCAGCCCGGCGUUCCGCCUCAUUCGCUGAUCAGGUCCGCGAAUUGUCAGCGCGCUCCGGAGACUGCUGAGCCGGGGCGGCUGCCUGGCUUGCGGUGCUCCCUUCGAGGUGCGGGUCAGAUUCAGUGUGUCCUGGCCCGCCGGGGCGUGAGAAACAACCGGUUCGGGGCAACUUGGAACUGAGAACCUGCAGAAGGGGCGUCGGUCUGCGAUCGGGACUCGGCAAGGAGGAUGGAAAUCCUCUAUGAAUGUGGAAGCCAUUAGCAGAGUAAUUGCUGUCUGUUGCCAUGACAACCAGCCGCUGCAGUCACCUGCCUGAAGUCCUGCCAGACUGCACCAGCUCGGCUGCACCCGUGGUGAAGACUGUGGAGGAUUGUGGCAGCCUAGUGAAUGGGCAGCCACAGUAUGUCAUGCAAGUUUCAGCCAAGGACGGGCAGCUGCUGUCAACAGUAGUGCGGACUCUUGCCACCCAGAGCCCCUUCAAUGACCGGCCAAUGUGCAGGAUCUGCCAUGAGGGCAGCAGCCAAGAAGACUUGCUCUCUCCAUGUGAAUGUACAGGGACCUUGGGGACAAUUCAUCGGAGCUGCCUGGAGCACUGGCUGUCGUCCUCAAACACCAGCUACUGUGAACUCUGCCACUUCAGGUUUGCAGUCGAGCGCAAACCCAGGCCGUUAGUGGAGGUGUCAUUUAGGUACCACUGUCGAUUGUACAACGAAUGGCGUCGGACCAAUCAGAGGGUGAUUCUCCUCAUCCCAAAAUCUGUCAACGUACCUUCUAACCAGCAGUCCUUGCUGGGCCUCCACUCGGUCAAGAGGAACUCAAAGGAGACAAUUGUUUGAUGUUUGUGUUGGUUGGUUGAUUCGUUGUUUUGGGUUUGGAAGUUUCUGCACUGGGGCCAUGCACUGAGCCACCUCCAAGCCCUUCCUUAACCUUGUGGGUCUAAGAACAUCCAGAGCUGUGUUAGCACAUCGCCCGAGCAAUGAACUCUGCCAGAAGAAGGCAAAUGCUGUUUUUCUUCAAAUCGUGGAUGCUGCAAUCAUAUGAUAUUUGCUAAGCUGCCAAACAUGUUUAUUUAGCAGAUACUCUAUGGAAUUUUCUGAACACCUCUUUAACAUGUGAGGAAGGUUGUCCUGCUAAGGAUGCAAUUCAACUCUUCCUUUUUUAUUACUAUUUCAAAAUAUAUAUUAAAAUAUAUAUUAAACUUAGAUGAUAAUCAAAAUCGAAAAGCCAAUGUAAAAACUGGUUUCUUGGUUUGGAUGGGUUUCAUUUGGGCUAGCUUGCUUCCCGGUUUCUACUGUGGACUCUUUGGGGGUAAUUUGAUAGCUUGAGUGGUCUUUUUCAUCUCUUUCGUGUCUCUUACUCAAAGAGGCACCAUAAUGACUACAGAACAGGUCAUAUGUUUAAAGGAUGUUUUAUACUAAAUCUCAUUUAAUUAUUCAGUUUUUAAAGGGAAAAAAGGCGUGGCAACUCUCCACACAGUGAGCUGUUUAUUUAAAUAUCAUUAAGAAGAAAAAAAAAAUAUGGUGAGAAGCACCUCCUUUCAACCUGUUUGGUACUGACAGCUCAUAGAAGCUAUUUUCUAAUAAUAAAUAUCCAGUGUGUGAAAGACAAACCCUACUGAUUGCAAUACUCUCUUUUUUUUUUAAUCGUAAAACCUGUUAAGUUUCCCCAAAGUAGGUUUAAAAAAGAAAAAAAAAAAAAAGUAAAGCAAAAAGGUUGGUGUUAUCCCUCCCCUUUCAUUGAGUGCAUGUCUUAAUUCUGCAUUCCUAAUGAAUUGGUGGAUCAUUAGACAUUUCUAGGAACCCUAGACCUGUUUUGCAUAUCAAUUAGCAUUCUCAUUGCUCUAUUGAAUUUGUAGCUUGACAGGUAGAUGUGACAAAAAAGCCUGUCCUAGCAGCGGUGCACUGAGUCUAAGACCCCUUUGUCUGAUUUUUUUUUAAACCCCACACAGUGCCUUUCCUAACCAUGAGCCAAUUCUGUCACAGGCCGAAAUAGACUUUUUCUAAGGGCUUCGUGUCACCCUUUCAUCCAUCUCAGCUCAGAGGGUCUGACGCUUAGCCUGCUUUGUGUGUGCUGAAGCCAGGCAGCCGACGUGUCUUCCGAGGAGGACACUGGCUGCUGAGGCUCUUGCAGGGCUGUCCGCCACCCACGCGCCGCGAAGAGAGGGCGGGACCAGCUUCCGGGCACGCUUAAAAUAUGGAUUUCUAGAACAUGACCCACAUUCUGAGUAUCAAUGCAGCCUCCGCCUUAUGCUCCCCAAGUGGGAGAGCGAAAAGUGCAAAGGAACAUGCAGCAGCGAGGAUAAUGAUUUUUGCCUGCAGAUUGAUGGAGCUGAUGCAGGUGUCCCCUUUGUCGGACCGAGUCCUCCAUUCACAGGCUGCUCCCCGGGCUGCCCGGGGAAAACAGCUGUACAGCUCACCCCCGCAAACCUCAGAUGUGCUUUAUGGCUUGUGACAAUAGAUUUCCUCCCCACUACGCUUCACUUCGACACUUCAAUUCCAGUAAAAUACAUCUCGGCCCUUCUGUUUACGCGGCGCUGCUCACCCCUCUGGGCUGUCAUUAGCUGCGGCACCAUCAACCGUUUCUUAAUUGACCUUUUAAAAAUGCUGGACACCACUGGCUGCACGCAGCUGUCACACAUUAAAUUUCCAGAGCAAAAAGUGCAACUUGGUAGCCUGUAAUUGCGACACCGUAAUACAUAAAUGACGGUCACCCAGCCUCGUUCUGUGCGCUGUCAGGUGAACUAGUGGCAACCUCUCAACCAAAUGGCAACCUUCCCUAGAGUACCAUACCCUGCCUCUUCCCUGCUUCUUCGAAGAAUUAAGGAAUCCAUCGAUCAGAAUCCAUAUCUGUUGAGGCUGGCUGCAGAGAACCACUAUCACAAGUAGGCAGCCAAUUUUCUGGGGUUCCUGUGCUGAAAAGGGUAGCACAUUAAUCCUAUACUUGGCCAUGCCUCUCUUCCCUACAGAUGCAUCCCCAUCCUGGGAAGUAAAGCAGAGUCCAAGGGGGAAGGGGUAGGUUGCUUGUGGGGUGGUGGGCAGGACACCCCUGGCAGCCAAGAAUAGCAUCAGCACUUUUUUUCUCAGGUCACCAUCCUGGACCUCCUAGUGAGAGGCUCUGAUCUCCAUCAAUACCAGGGCCCAUCUGGAAUUCUGAAGACUACUGGGUGGCAUUCAAUCUCUUCUUGGUCUUUUAACCCUGAGGUUGUUCAAGGUGGGAGAGUUUAGGGAAUUGCAGCAUAGGUACAAAGGUACCUAGCCAACACAGCAUGGGAGGAGGCUGCCUUCAUGCCGUGCUGCAUAGAAGGGCUGCAUGUGCCGGGAAAAGGGGAUGCCUUUUGCUAAUUAUCACAAAGUUGCUAAUAGAAUGUCAACAUCCUUGCUAACUUGUAUUCUUCCUUUGCUUCUUUAUUUUUGAAAGAUCAAAAAGGAAGCAGAAAGACAAGUUUGGUGAUAUGCACCUGCAAUCCUAGCUACUAGGAAGGCUGAGACAGGAGGAUUGAGUUUGAGGCCAGCCUGGGCAACUUAGUGAGAUGCUGUCUCAAAAUAAAAUAGAAAGAGCUGGGGAUGCAGCUCAGUGGUAGGGCACCUGCCUAGCAUGUGUGAGGCCCUGGUUUCAAACCCUGUCACUGUUUAAAAAAAAAAAAAAAAUGAAGCAGAGGAAGGGACAAGGAGUGGGGGCAGGUAAGGACCCUGGUGUCUCACUGCAUCUCUUCCAUACUCCUUGCUGUGGUACUAUCCUACUCAUUUUUCUUGAGACUAUCAUGUGAAGACAAAUGUGCAUCACAGUAAAGCCAGAGAGGCCAACUGACAACUAAAAUAUUCCUGGUAUGCUCAUGCCCCCCGCCCCAGUUUGUGCCUGUUUCUGUGCUUGUCUCAGGGGAGGAGCAUCCACAGAAGUUCUACAGUUCCUCAGAGAAUUGUGAGCAGACACUGAGAUGAACUGAAAAUUCAAUUGAGAAUAAAUAAAUGGCACCAUUUGGAAGUUA